GUGACAUUCAAGGACGUGGCUGUGGUCUUCACCAGGGAGGAGCUGGGGCUGCUGGACCCUGCCCAGAGGAAGCUGUACCGAGAUGUGAUGGUGGAGAAUUUCAAGAACCUGGUUGCCGUGGGCAGCAAGAAUCAAAAUAAGAUGGAGACUUUUCAAAAAUUUGCAUUCAAAUACCUUUCACAUGAAGAGCUAUCCUGCUGGCAAAUCUGGAAACAAGUUGCAAGUGAAUUAAGCAGGUGUCUUCAGAGGAAGAGUUCCCACUUGCUGCAAGGUGACUCUAUUCAGGUUUCUGAAAAUGUGAACACUCUAAUGAAUCAUAAAGGAGAUAGCUCUAUUUAUAUUGAAAAUCAAGAGUUUUCAAUUCUGAAAACCCAGGAUUCUCGGGUGAAUACGUGUCUGAAUGAGUCACAGAAUCAGAGCAGAGGUAAACGAAUUGAUGUGAAAAAUAACCUGCAUGUAUGUGAAGACCUUGUGAAGAAAUUGCCAUUUAGUGAGCGUAUUAAAACCGACACAGAACAAAAAUCCUACAAAUGUAAUGAAUGUGGCAAGAGCAGCAGCGAUGGCUCCAAUCAGCAGUUGCCCUUAGAGAAAACCCACCCACGUGGCGAGUGUGGAAAGGGCUUCAGUUACAGCUCAGUGCUUCCCCUACAUCUGAAUGUUCACACAGGAGAGAAAUGCUUCAGUCCACGCUCACGUCUGCACACUCAGAGAAUUCACCCCGGAGAGAACGCUGAUAAAUGUCAUGAAUCUGGUGAUUGCUUCAGUAGGAGUUCUCUUCAGUCUUGCCAAUCCAAUCAUACAGGAGAAAAGUCCUAUAGGUGUGACAGUUGUGGCAAGGGAUUCAGCAGUAGCACAGGUCUUAUCAUUCAUUACCGAACUCACACUGGAGAGAAACCUUAUAAAUGCGAGGAAUGUGGUAAAUGCUUUAGUCAAAGUUCCAAUUUUCAAUGCCAUCAGAGAGUCCACACUGAAGAAAAACCAUACAAAUGUGAAGAGUGUGGUAAGGGCUUUGGUUGGAGUGUGAAUCUCCGCGUCCAUCAGCGGGUCCACAGGGGUGAGAAACCCUAUAAAUGUGAGGAGUGUGGGAAGGGCUUCACUCAGGCCGCACAUUUUCACAUACAUCAAAGAGUCCACACUGGGGAGAAACCCUACAAAUGCGAUGUGUGCGGGAAGGGCUUUAGUCACAAUUCACCCUUAAUAUGCCAUCGGAGAGUCCACACUGGAGAGAAGCCGUACACAUGUGAGGCUUGUGGGAAAGGCUUUACCCGUAAUACAGAUCUUCACAUCCAUUUCAGAGUCCACACAGGAGAGAAGCCCUAUAAAUGCAAGGAGUGUGGCAAGGGCUUCAGUCAGGCUUCAAAUCUUCAAGUCCAUCAGAAUGUCCACACUGGAGAGAAACGAUUCAAAUGUGAAACAUGUGGGAAGGGCUUCAGUCAGUCCUCGAAGCUUCAAACCCAUCAGAGAGUCCACACUGGAGAGAAGCCAUAUAAAUGUGGUGUGUGUGGUAAGGACUUCAGUUACAGUUCCAAUCUGAAACUGCACCAAGUAAUUCAUACCGGAGAAAAGCCAUAUAAGUGUGAGGAGUGUGGGAAGGGCUUCAGCUGGAGAUCAAAUCUUUAUGCUCAUCAGAGAGUUCACUCAGGAGAAAAACCCUAUAAAUGUGAGGAGUGUGAUAAAAGCUUCAGUCAGGCCAUAGAUUUUCGAGUACAUCAGAGAGUCCAUACUGGAGAGAAACCGUACAAAUGUAGUAUAUGUGGUAAGGGCUUCAGUCAGUCCUCUGGUCUCCAGUCCCAUCAGAGAGUCCACACUGGGGAGAAGCCCUACAAAUGUGACGUGUGUGGAAAGGGCUUCAGAUACAGUUCGCAGUUUAUAUACCAUCAGAGAGGCCACACCGGAGAAAAACCUUACAAAUGUGAGCAGUGUGGGAAAGGCUUUGGUAGGAACUUGAAUCUUCGCCAUCAUCAGAGGGUCCACACAGGGGAGAAACCCCACGUAUGUGAGAAAUGUGGCAAGGCCUUCAGUCUUCCCUCAAAUCUGCGAGUCCAUCUGGGUGUUCACAUCAGGGAGAAACUCUUUAAAUGUGAAGAGUGUGGUAAGGGCUUCGGUCAGAGAGCACGUCUUCAAGCCCAUCAGAGAGUCCACACUGGAGAAAAGCCAUACAAAUGUGAUAUAUGUGAUAAGGACUUCCGGCACCGUUCACGUCUUAUAUAUCAUCAGAAAGUCCAUACUGGCAAAAAGCUUUAGAAAUGGAAAGUGUAUUAUCAAGUUUUGUUAGAAUGCCCGUUUUCAAGUUUUUGGAGCUGGUGUUAAAACCUAUGAAAGUAUCGAGAGCAGAAGGGGAUUCUUGAGACUCAGAAUCUUUCUAAGAAAUACAUCAAAAUGAUGACAGCCAUAGUAAGAGGAAUAGAACUCAUUUAGGGGAGA